CGGAAGUAUAGCCGGGUUGGUUGUUAGGCAGAGCAUACCAGGUUGAGUUGGUUUGUAUUAUGACUUUAAUGUGGAACAUUAGUCGUGAUGAACAGAGUUUCUGACUCUAUUAUGAUUAUGCUUGUAUAAUAUGGAGAAUGGUGGAUGUUUCUUUCCCUUGGUGGAUACAUCUAAAGGGACUACUUUGCCUACCUUGGACCUUAAAAAAUAGUCAUCAAAAGAUGGAAAAGGUGACACCUCUCUUGUCAUCAGUCAGAGCUGUAACACUCUCAAACAGAGACUGAUAAGAAAAGAAAAGGAACCCUUUGGCAUACAGGCAAGAGGGUGAGAAAAUUUCCAAAGCAAAAAGACACACUUAGCCAAACAGAGGAAAUGGCAUUCUUGGACAAUCCGGCCAUUAUCCUGGCUCACAUCAGACAAUCUCAUGUGACCAGUGAUGAUACUGGAAUGUGUGAAAUGGUGCUAAUAGAUCAGGAUGUUGAUCUUGAGAAGUGCCAGCUUUCUCUGGUGCCUGGUAGCAGCUUUGGGUCAACUGGGUCAGGCCUCCUGAAUGAGGGGGGCAGUAGUGUGACAGACAGUCAUCCCUGUGACCUCUCUCAGUCUAUGGACAUCACCUCCAGCUGGGACUUUGGCAUUCGUCGGCGCUCCAACACAGGACUUCACCAAGAUAGCUGUUACAAACCAGUGGCUGCUGCCCAAAGACUUGAAAGACUAAGAAAAGAACGACAGAACCAAAUCAAAUGCAAAAACAUUCAGUGGAAAGAGAGGGCGUCCUCCCAGUCAGUGGAAGAUCUGGGGUCUCUGUUUGAAAAGCGCAACUUUAAAGACAGGCCGCAGACAACUGGAACAAAAUCCACUUUGUCACUGAGGCUUGAGCAGUGUCCCCAGCAGCUCAAUAAUCCCUUCAAUGAAUACUCUAAAUUUGAUGGCAAGGGCCACAUCGGCACCACAGCUACAAAAAAGAUAGACGUCUACCUAUCAAUGCAAAUGACUCAGGAGAAAGUACAUCCAAUGACAGUGGUGACCAUCGCCAAUGCCCGUGUCCAUGACCUCAUUGGACUUAUCUGUUGGCAAUACACAAGCGAGGGACGAGAACCCAAACUCAAUGAAAAUGUGAAUGCUUAUUGCCUUCACAUUGCUGAAGAUGAUGGCGAGGUAGACACUGACUUCCCUCCGCUAGACUCCAAUGAGCCAAUACACAAGUUUGGUUUCAGCACUCUGGCCUUGGUGGAGAAAUACUCCUCCCCUGGCAUCGCUUCCAGGCAGUCACUGUUUGUUAGAAUAAAUGCUGCUCAUGGUUUUUCUCUAAUUCCGGUGGACAAUUUGAAGGUGACUAUGAAGGAAAUUCUCCAGAAAGCUCUCAAGAAGAGGAAAGGUUCACAGAAAGGCUCGGGGCCCUUGUAUCGUCUCGAGAAGCAGACCGAGCCAAAUGUAGCAGUAGACCUGGACUCCUCACUGGAGAGCCAGAGUACCCUGGAAUUUUGCCUGGUCAGAGAAAACAGCUCCAGAGGUGAGGAGAGUUCAGAGGAAGACCCUCCUAUUGACAUCACCACAGUCCAAGACAUGUUGAGCAGUCAUCACUACAAGUCCUUCAAGAUCAGCAUGAUCCACAAACUGCGUUUCACCACAGAUGUCCAGCUAGGGAUUUCAGGAGAAAAACUGGAGAUUGAUCCUGUCACCAAUCAGAAAGCCAGUACUAAGUUCUGGAUUCGGCAGAAACCCAUUUCCAUUGACUCGGACCACCUUUGUGCUUGUGACCUUGUGGAGGAAAGAAGCCCUAGUCAUGCAAUAUUUAAACUCACUUAUCUCAGCAAUCACGACUACAAGCCUCUCUACUUUGAGUCUGAUGCUGCUACUGUCAAUGAAAUAGUGCUGAAGAUAAACUACAUCUUGGAGUCCCGGGCCAGCACCUCCCGUGCUGAUUACUUUGCCCAGAAACAACGAAAACUGAGCCGCCGGACCAGCUUCAGUUUCCAGAAGGAGAAGAAGACUGGGCAAUAGACGGGCUCCUCUGCCACCUGUCAGUUCAUUCUCUCUAUAUAGCCUUGUAUAUGGAGAGCAUCAACCUAAAUCUACAAUCCCUAUAAAGAAGACUGGCAGAAAUGCGACAAAGGUGAAAAUGAGAGGAAGAGAGCAAUGGUUAGAAAAUGGUUCUGCAGGAUGUAUGUCUGCUUCAGCAGAGCAAGGUGGAAGUUUCUGAAACUUCACCAGUGUCAAGUCAUUCUUUUUCUAACAUUGAAAAAAAGACUUGUUUUGGCUGUUGUGUUUUUGUCAGGUUUUUUUUUUUUUACUUUUUGUUCAUUCAUUGCCUCUGAAUCUAAGCUCUGUCCUCCAGGAUGGAUAUGUAGAGCUUCAACAAGUUGGCAAUGUGCACCAAAAAAAAAUCAAAGCUACAGACUGUAUUAUAGCUUUUGCCCUCCUCGUCUAACAGAUUUAACGAAUGUGAAAAUAAAGGUUUCACAUUUUUAA